GACGGACUGCGCUAUACACAUGCCCCUGAAGUCGUCCUCUAUGAAAGUUAUUGCUGUUUAGCGUCUUCAGCAGGUUGGUUUUUGUCGGCGGGUUGUAACAGUAGAUGAGUUGAUAGCUGAUAUUUAACCCCCGGUAGAAAGAUGACGGCCAGAGGGACGCCGAGCCGCUUCCUGAAGAGUGUUCUCCAGAACGGGGUCGGUCGGUAUGUCUGCCAGCUGAAACGGAUUUCCAUAAUCUUCUCUAAAAAAGCACAGAGCUCGUUGGGAGUCAGGGAUUUUAUUGAAGAGGGCGUUGUGGAUUAUGCCAAGGAAAACCCUGGUACUGUGGUGUACGUGUCUCCUCAGGCCUGCAGGAUACCCAAAAUAGUUGCAGAGUACUUGAACGGCAACGUGAGGGAAGAAAUCGUCACAAGCAAAACGUCUCCGCAGAUUUCCGAGCUUUUGACCAAACUGACCAAUCAGUCCGGCCUGGAGAUCAUCCGCAUCCGCAAACCCUUCCACACAGACAACCCCAGCAUCCAGGGCCAGUGGCACCCGUUCACCAACCGACCUCCAUCUGUCGGCCCCAUCAGACCGCAGAAACAGGACGCUGAAUAAGGACUAAAGUUAGAGUCACACUGUUUCCAUCACUUAAUCUUGAGAGAUUUGUCCUUUUCUUUUUGAGCUGUUCUGGUUGUAGUUCUCAUAUUUGCAGCAGUUCGUUGAGUGUUCCUGCAGAAGACUACGGACUACUGACUGAAUAUGCUCUUCUGUCUGCUGGUGGCAGUAAAGCUGCUUGAGCCGUGCAGUCCCAGCUCUGGACGCCACACUUGAAUAGACCUCAGAUGAAUCCACCAGAGGCUUGUCAGCUGACGUUAUUUAAAAAAAAGCAGGUAACUGUUUUUAAGGUUAUUUGAAGAUUCAUGUAAUAAGUGCAGUGCUCAAGAGCAAAGGGAACUUUGUAUGAAAUAAAGAAAAAAGAAAUUGUG